AGGGUCUGAUGUCCAAAUUCAAGAGCGAACUCCGUGAAGGCAAAGUUUACACCAUCACUUAUUUCUCAGUUCUUUCAAACAGUGGCGGUUUUAUGGCUUCUGAGCAUGAUUACAAGAUUAUGUUCAAUGAAAAAACUAGGGCUGCAGUUGAAGAAGCAAUUGGAAUCCCAAUGACUAAAUACUCCUUCAAGGACACUGAUCAGAUAUUGGCUACUGGUGGUGAUUCUGACUUUUUAAUUGAUGUGAUUGGAUUAGUUACCAAUGUAUCAAGUGAGAAGAAAUAUCCUAAGGCUGGCAAUGUAACACGGAUGAUAGAGCUGGAGCUGACAGAUGAUAAGUUAAUCCCUAUCUUACGUAACAUAUUCAUGUCAAGAUUUUACAAUUAUGAUUGAUUUCUAAAUGACUAUGAGCACAUUACAAAUUUUAUGCUCUAAUUUGAAUGUUUCAAGAAUAAUUAGUUGUGAAGGAUGUAAACUAUGUUUCUGAGUAUA